GACUUCUUCUGUCUAUUUCUCAUUCCCUCCCUAUUUGGCUCCCUCCUUCACAUGAGAGAGCGGCCAUGGCCACUGCCGCCACUUCCAGAUCUCGCCGAGCACUAGACUCCCGAUCCGGCGGCAAAAUUGUCCGCCCUCGACGGUACGCCGGUGCUAGGACUCCCUACGACCGGCCUAGGUUUGUCAAUCCCGCACCACCCGAAAACCCUAAUUGGUUCUCCCGGCUCAUCUACUCGCCUACUCGUAAGAUUGCCAGCGGCGCCGGGAAGAUUAUUUCCUCCGUCUUUGGUCCUGACUCUUCCUCCUCCUCUUCUUCCUCCUCAGAGGAUGGGACUGACGAUGAGGCUGAUGAUGAUAAUGAAGAUAUUUCGACCCAGGAAGAUGAUGGAUUGAAUAAGAGGAAUGGGACAUCAGAAGAGAUCAAGUUCCUUGAGAAGGAGCCCCCAGCAACACUAGGGAAGAGCAACAACAAGCAUGUAAUUGAACAACUACUUAUGCAGGAGACCUUCUCGAGGGAAGAAUGUGAUAGAUUAAUAAAGAUUAUUAAAUCGAGAGUUGUAGGUUUUACCAAUGCUGAAGGUGCAGAGAAUACAAGACCAGAUGUAGAGAGUCCUGUUAUGGAGGCAAAAAAAUGGUUGAGUGAGAAGAGAUUGGGAUCAACUUCAAAGCCAGUUUUGGAUCAUGGAACCCACACCUUGAGCGCUCUUAUGUUCCCACAAGGUGGUGAAGACGAAGGUGGUUCACCGGUGGAUGUGGCCAAAGUGUAUAUGCGGGCACGUCCUCCCUGGGCAUCUCCUUCUAUUAAGCAUGGAGAACUGAGAUCUCCGUCAUCAAUAGGGAUGCAACUGUUCAACGAAGAAACCCCAUAUUCAACUGGUGGCAAUUCUGUGUCUACAUCCAAGCUGAAAAGGGAUGCCCCUGCUACUGGGUCCUGGAAUAUUCAGGAGGAAAUACGAAGAGUGCGAUCUAAGGCAUCAGAAGAACUGCUGAGGUCCCUACCUUCUACAAGAAUUGAUUGGUCCACAUCUGCUUUAGAAAAGAGAAGUGUCUUGGGUUCUUUUCCGGGUGGCCAACGAGAAGAUGAUGUGGGAGAUAAACUUCACAAUUCUAAAAAUGCCAUAGUUUCGGAGAAGACACAAUAUGGAUUGCAGAGAGAUUUGCCACUUCCGGAUUCAGAUGCCGCUUCUAUGGGUGGCAAGGGUGAUGCUUCUUGUUCUCAGAAUGCCUUAGAAGAGAUGUUAAGCUCUGGACAACGACUCGAGGCAUCUGAAGAUAUCAAGACUGCUCCCAGUGAUGCUGGUGCUGAUGAUUUUGAUGGACAUAAGGACACUAAUGGGUCUGAACAACAAAAUUCAACCAUACAAGUUUCAGAUUCAAAAUUAGACGAUGUAACGUGCUUGACAACAGAAGCGACUGCAUCAAGAAGUGCUUAUACCACAAAUGGUUUCCGUUCUUCAGUAGCUGAUUUGUCUGCACAGUUGGGCACAGAAGAAAACGCCGUGCUCAAUGGGGAAAGUAAUCCAGUCAGCUCGAGUCAUGAGAUUGCAGCUGCAGAUCUCACUUUAAAUGAUAACCGUGAGUUUUUGAAUGAACCUACUGGCGAGGUCACCAACAAAAACGGAAACGAUAUUGGUGCCACAAAGGAAAACGAUGGUGCACAUUUGAAUGAAGCUACUUUUGAGGUCCACGAACUGAUUGAAAAUUAUAUUGAUGUCACGAAGGACAAAGAUUUCGUUGCCAGUGGCUCCCAAAACAGCUCUAGUAUGCCCAAUGAGUUAUCACAGGAGCUGACCCAGCCAAGCCCGGUAGCCAAGACUGACAUUGUUGUGGAGAAGCAGAAGGGAAAGAGACCAACUAGAUCCAACAGGAGAGGCAGGUCGCGGGGCAAAUGACACAGAAUUGUGGUUUCUGUACCUUACAGUGUAAUUUAUUGUACACUAAUGUAAUUUGGCAAAUGUGUUUCGUUUUGUUCGGGUUCCAUGUCAAGAGGAACAGGGUAGGAAUUACUGUCAGGUAUUUACGCCACGGGUCGUUGUCCACGUUUAGCUAGACUUAAAAAGUUGUAGAGAAUGUUUCUAAUUGAUUGGAAUUGUGAAAACCGCCUGUUUGAGUUUGCA